GCUGAGAGACCGCACCCUGCAGGCGGCCACCGCUCGCUCGCAUGGUUUCUGAGCUCCAAGCUUUCGGUCGUCGGCUGGCACUCGGGGCCCGCGGCCAUGGAGCUGCCCAACCAUUCCAAGCAGCUGCUGCUGCAGCUGAACCAGCAGCGGGCCAAGGGCUUCCUGUGUGACGUCAUCAUCGUGGUGGAGAACGCGCUCUUCCGGGCCCACAAGAACGUGCUGGCGGCCAGCAGCAUGUACUUCAAGUCGCUCGUGCUGCACGACAACCUCAUCCACCUGGACACGGACAUGGUCAGCCCCACCGUCUUCCGCCAGGUGCUGGACUUCAUCUACACGGGCAAGGUGCUGCCCGGCGAGCCGCCCGGCGAGCCCAACUUCGGCACGCUGCUCACGGCCGCCAGCUACCUGCAGCUCCCCGAGCUGGCCGCCCUCUGCCGCCGCAAGCUCAAGCGGGCGGGCAAGCCCUACGGCGCAGGCCGGGCCGGGGUCCCCGGGGCGGGCAGGCCGGCCCGCGGUCAGCGCCUGGCCGCAGCCUCGGUCAUCCAGGCCCGCUACCCGCCGACCCCCGAGGCGCGCAAGGCCGCGCUCCCACCCAAGGAGCCUCCCCAGGCCAAGGGCUCCGACGACGAGCUGUUCCUGGGGGCCCCCGGGCAGGAGAACCCUCGCCCCCUGAGCCGGAUGAGCUGCAAGAACGGUGGGGAUGGGCCCGGCUGCGGGGGCUCCGGUGGGAACAGCGGCGGCAGCGAGCAAGAGCUGGGCCUGGACCUCUCCAAGAAGAGCCCCACCCUGCAGCCCCCGGCGCCUGGGACCCUUCUGGGCCCCGAGGACCUGGCCCAACUCAGCGACAGCCAGCACGGCUCCCCUGCGCCGGCCUCUGCCAACAGUGCCUCGUACCCGGAGCCCGGCGGGCCCCCCGAAGAUCCCAUGGAGGUGGAGGCAGCGGGUGCCCCCGAGGAGAACCACCUGGGGCUGCUGGAGGGCCCCACAGGCCAGCCCCGCAAGAGCCUCCGGCACCUGACCCGCAAGAAGGAGUGGGGCAAGGCCGAGGCCGUGGCCUGCGCCUCCUUCGAGCGCAAGGAGGCCGGAGACGAGGAGGAGCCGGAGGACGGGCUCCCCAACGGGGUCCUGGGGGCUGGCGGCGCGGGGCCCUACGGGGAACCGCCCUUCGCCUGCAAGGAGGAGAUGGAGAACGGCAAGGAGCUCAGCGAGGAGAGCGGGCAGAGCGAGGCCGAGGGCGGGGGGACGGCCGGGGGGGCCGCGGGCGCCCCCAACUACGUCUACCGGCAGGAGGGCUUCGAGGCGGUGCCCUAUGGGGACAACCUGUACGUCUGCAUCCCCUGCGGCAAGGGCUUCCCCAGCUCGGAGCAGCUCAACGCCCACGUGGAGACCCACACAGAGGAGGAGCUCUUCAUCAAGGAGGAGGCCGGCUACGGCGCCCCCGAGGAGGAGGCCGAGGACCUGUCGGCGCCCAGCCCGGCCUUCGCCUCCGAGCCGCGGCCCUUCAAGUGCUCGGGCUGCGACAAGAGCUACAAGGACCCGGCCACGCUGCGGCAGCACGAGAAGACGCACUGGCUGACGCGGCCCUUCCCCUGCAACAUCUGCGGCAAGAUGUUCACGCAGCGCGGCACCAUGACGCGCCACAUGCGCAGCCACCUGGGCCCCUCCUUCCUCAGGAGGUGGAUGCCCACGCGCCAGUACCGCCCUGGAGACAUGCGCCUCGGGCGGAAGCCCCACAAAAAGGGGGCGGGCCCCCAGCAGCGCAACCUCAUCAGCCACCGCGAUGCAAACCUCGCCUCCUAG